GAUACCAAAAGAUCACCCUCUGGGUCUUCGACUUCUUCAAAACCCAACUAAAACUCAUAAAAUCAGGAUUUGGUUUUACCAAAACCCACCCGCCCGCCGAAUAUCCGUUGACUAUUAGCCAUGACUGCAAAUCCCUACCAUCUGAACCCCCAAUCCGCAGCGGAGAAGGCGGUGGCUGUCAUCGGAUUCGGCUACGACCUCUGCAACGACAUCAGGUUGUCAUCUUGCAAGCCGAGUCCUUCCGGAAGAAGAUUGAUCGACCUUAACUCAACCCAGACCAGGGACCUCGUUGUUUCCGACGGAAUUGUUGUCAGGAAUGUUCCCAAUUCGAUUAGGUGUGAUAAGGGCGAGCGUACGAGGUUUCGGUCUGAUGUUCUUACUUUCAAUCAGAUGUCUGAGAAGUUCAAUCAGGAGCUAUCAUUAUCUGGAAAAAUCCCGUGUGGUCAAUUUAAUGCCAUGUUCGACUUCAAGGGAUGCUGGCAUAAGGAUGCCACUUCUGUUAAAAAUCUUGCUUUUGAUGGUUGGUUCAUAACCCUGUAUAAUGUUGAGUUGUCGAGAGCCCACAUAACUUUGUCUGAGCAAGUGAAACAAGAAGUGCCGACUUCAUGGGAUCCUGCUGCCCUUGCCGAGUUCAUUGAAAAAUAUGGUACUCAUGUUGUUGUUGGGGUAAAGAUGGGAGGUAAAGAUGUAAUACAUGUAAAGCAAUCACAAAAAUCAACUCUUGAAACAACUGAAUUGCAGAAAUAUUUAAAGGAAUUAGCCGAUGAGAAGUUUUCACAAGAUUUAAUCCCUCCUGAAUUAUCAAGAAAACAAAAGGAUCAGCAAUCGAUGCCCUGGGAUCUCCAUGGAGUUUAUGGCACAUCAGUCAGGCCACCUGUCAUUAUUCGUUCCAAGAAUGAGGAUAGGGUAAGCGUAUUUAUCCGAAGAGGAGGUAUUGAUCUUGGUCAAAGUCAUAACCACUGGCUCUCAACCAUAUCACAAUCACCUAAUGUCAUAUCAAUGUCUUUUGUGCCUAUAACUUCCCUACUGAGUGGGGCUCGAGGCAAUGGGUUUUUAAGUCAUGCAGUGAAUUUGUACCUGCGAUAUAAACCGCCUGUAGAGGAGCUCCAUCAAUUUUUAGAAUUUCAAUUACCUCGCCAAUGGGCUCCUGUAUAUGGGGAUCUGCCUCUUGGUCUCAUGCGAAGAAAACAAGCAUCUCCAUCACUUCAAUUUACUUUAUUGGGGCCUAGGCUUUAUGUCAACACUAUGAAGGUUGAUUCUGGAAAUCGACCAGUGACGGGAAUCCGCUUAUACCUGGAAGGCAAGAAGAGUGACCAUCUAGCAAUUCAUCUCCAGCAUCUCUCUACUCUUCCGCCAAUCCUCCAACUGACAAAUGAUCACUCUAAUGGACCAAUAGAUGAGCCAGUCAAGCAUAGCUACCUCGAACCUGUUAAGUGGAGCAUAUUCUCACACGUGUAUACUGCUCCAGUUGAAUACAAUGGAGCCCACUUUGAUGACUCUGCCUCUAUUCUGACGAGGGCCUGGUUUGAGGUUAAGGUUAUAGGGAUGAAGAAAGUUCUGUUCCUGAGGCUCGGAUUCUCAACAGUGGCAUCUGCUAGGAUCCGUAGAUCAGAAUGGGAUGGACCAACAACCAUGUCACGGAGGUCAGGAAUUUUCUCAAUGUUGAUCAGCACAAGGUUCAGCACUGGAUUGCAACCACCUGAGGAGAAGCCAGCAAAAGUGGUUUUAAAUUCAGCAGUUUACCCAGGAGGCCCUCCUUUACCUCCUAAAGCGCCAAAAUUGUCAAACUUUGUGGAUACAAAGGAAAUGGUGAGAGGACCUGAGGACCUGCCUGGGUAUUGGGUGGUUACAGGAGCCAAACUCAGCGUAGAAGGUGGCAGAAUCUCAAUCAAAGCCAAGUAUUCAUUGUUAACCAUAAUGUCGGAAGACACUAUUAUGUUGAUGUGAGUAAACGUAGUGUUGAUUACAUAGAAUUCGUUUGCAUUGCUGUAAAUGUGAUACUGUACAUUUUCUUCGUGAACCGAACAAUUUCACAGGAUCCAUGUUGUCAUCAAGCUUUGCAUUGGUUUGAGAUUUCCCCACUUCUUACCCCAUCACUUCUGUGCAUGAGUCUGGAUUUUUGUCGUUAAAGAGCCCAAUCAUUGUAACUGUACCCGUGGGCAUUGGCCCAUCAUGUAUAUCUCGUC